AGCUUCUAAUAGCAAGCAAGUUGAAAACUAGGAGAACAGUUUUUGUGCAGGGCUAGCUUAGUAUCUACUCUAUCUUUGUGCAAGGGAAUAUUCUUUGUUUCUGACUGAGUGCCAAGUUAUAGCAGCUAAUCGAAGAUAGAUCGUUAUCGUGUGACUAUUGAUAUUACCAGUUUUUGCAAUCUAGCGUAUGCUAUUUUCGAGGUAAAGGAAUCUGAGCGGCCUUCUUUGGGAUCCUUGCUGCUUAGACCCACUGGUCCACCUCCGUAUAGCACCAGUGUUUGUUGUAAGUCACUCUUGCACGAGAAAAAGUUGCCGAUAAUUGAUAGCUCCGAUUAUUGAUCGCUGACUCUAGAGUCUAGAUUUAUUUGCAGCAUGCAUCUAAUAGUAUGGAGUAUUGGGUGUGUCUCACCAUCCUAUUUAUGGGGUGCCGUUUGUGUCAAAAUCCAAAAACAGUCGAUGUUAUGAAAUGGAGUCGACGUUAUGAAAUGGAGUCGACGUCAUAAAGGUCGACCUUAUAACAGAGUCGACGUCAUAAAGGUCGAUGUUUUAUAAAGGAGUUGAUGUUUACCAAGAGUCGACGUCAUAAAUGUCGAUGUUUUGCUGUUUGUGUCAAAAAGAGUCGAUUAUUAUGGAUUAUGAAACGGAGUCGACGUUAUAAAAAGAGUCGAUGUUAUGAAAUGGAGUCGACGUUAUGAAACGGAGUCGACGUUAUAAAAAGAGUCGACGUUAUAACAGAGUCGACGUCAUAAAGGUCGAUAUUUACCAAGGUCGAUGUUUUAAAAAGGAGUCGACACAGCCUAACAGUGGCUGCAGUUUAGCUAGUUUCUAGCUAGCUAGCUGUUUGUGUCAAGGGUUUGUAGUUAUAAAAGUCAUAAAGGUCGGUGUUUUUAAAAAGCAGUCAAUGUUUAUGAUUGGUGAUGUUUACCAGGUUAACGUUUCAAUAAGGGUUGUAAGUUCACCGUGUUUGAAACAGUGACGUCACUUACAUGUUAAAAAAACUGCAGCACCAUCAUGAGAGAUAUAAUAUAGGCCCCCCGUGACGUCUUCAUUUACUUCCUUCGUGUAAUUAGACAAACGGCGUGCCAUAAUAAUACAUUUCAUAACGUCGACCUUUAUGACGUCGACUCAUUUCAUAACAUCGACUGUUUUUGGAUUUUGACACAAACGGCACCCCAUACCUAUUGUGGUCAGCCUAGGGAGUUCCCAAUACAUAUACAUCGAUAUUACUAUUCUAGUUCUAUCUGUAUCUAGACAGAAUGGGAAAUUUACUGUCUGGAAGUCGUGCUCCCAAACAAUCAUCUAUCAGGGACACCACUCCUGAGUACUUAGCAUUUCGAAAGUGCUAUGAGAAUGUAAUUGCUACUGUGAAAGAGCAACCUGGCGCCAUCUGUGAUGCCCUCUAUGCAAAGGGGUAUGUAAACACUUUUGUUCGCGAUUUCACCCGAAACAUGUCAAUACUGGAUGAAGUGAAAGCUCAGAAACUUGUGGACACUAUUAUCGAUCGGAUUGAACGUGAUCCCAAUGUUUUCCAUGGCUUUGUUGACAUUAUAAAGGGCCCCUCUACUGACGAUAUUGUCAGAAUCCUACAAGAAGCCUACGACACUGAAUGUGGUAUAGUUGGGGCCGGGGAUCCCGAGCCUGAACAAUCACAUCAAGCAAAAUUUAGUGCUGAAUGUGACUAUAGAGAGCUUGAACAACUGACAUCACAUCAACUUACGUCAAAACUCACAGAAGGAACUGAAGACAAUGAUUCUUCUGGAGACGAGUCAUUUCACUCUACUGCAGCUGAACUAAGGAGCUUUAUCUGUCCUUUCUGCAAUGAAUGCACUCUCGAGCGCUUUUUUUCUGAAGAGGGCUGUCCACAUAGAACGAGAUCAAUUGAAGGAUACAGCAAGCUAUUUCCGUACAUGGAUGUAAAGGGUCUUGAAAAGGAUGAUAUUAUUGAUCUGCAACAAAGAUUGAUAUCUGAUACGAAAGAAAUUCUCACAAAAUUUGCUGAUUUUUCGAUUUAUAUUCGAGAGUCAUUAAAAAGGCAAAAUAUCCUUCUAGAAGAAAUCAAACACUCCAUCUUAAGCCUCAGGGCUUUCAGAGAAAUAGACAAUGAAGUAAAAGUGCUUGACAGUUUAGAACAUCAAGAGAAGUUACUUGGGGCAAGUUCAGUGUCUGAGAUGUUCUUGAUUCUUCAAAGUAAUAACUACAUCUCGUUCUACAAUUACCAUUUACUGGAACACCUCAUUAAGCAUCAUGGGUGCUCUGAUGACCAUAGGCUACUGGAAGAAUACCUAAGAGAUUUGCAUACCUUUUGUCAGCGAAAUGUAUUUGAAAUACCACCAUUAGUAUUUUCUAGUGGAUGCAAUGUUCCCGAAAAAGGUAAGCUGUUUGCUCUCAAAUGUGCAACAGGUGUUGAAACACUGGAAGGAGUGCAAGCACUCCAAAACGAAGUAGCAAAGGUGUUUGGUUUGCGGUUUUCAGCUCUGCGACUAUGCUUGAUUAAGAAUGGCUGUGUCGAGCUUCACCUCAUGGUUUCUGCUGCUGUUGCUAAAAGUAUCUUGCCAGUGUCUCACGAGCAUCACUUAGCUUUUAGUGAGAUUGGGAUCAAAUUUCUCGAGCUAUCAGAUCAGCUAAUUCUAGCGUGUUUGAAAGGGUCGAUCUCAGAAGUGGCGUCUCUCAUGGAACACGGAGCAAGUGUGGAUUGUAGAUCGAAGGAUGGGACAUCCCCACUCCUAGCUGCCUGUGAAGGAGGUCACACUGAGACCGCAAAGUUGUUGAUUGACAAGGGGGGAGCAGAUGUGAACCAGCUUGUUAGGGAUGGGACAUCCCCACUCCCAGCUGCCUGUGAGGGAGGUCACACUGAAACUGCGCAGUUGUUGAUUGACAGGGGAGUAGAUGUGAACCAGCUUGUUAGGGAUGGGACAUCCCCACUCCUAGCUGCCUGUGAGGGAGGUCACACUGAGACUGCAAAGUUGUUGAUUGACAGGGGAGCAGAUGUGAACCAACUUGAUAAGUCAUCCCCACCCUUGGCUGCUUGUAAGGGAGGUCACACUAAGGGAGGUCACACUGAGACUGCACAGUUGUUGAUUGACAGGGGAGCAUAUGUAAACCAGCUUGAUGAGUUAGGGAACCCACUCCUGGCUGCCUGUGAGGGAGAUCACGCUGAGACUGCAAAGUUGUUGAUUAACAGGGAAGCAAAUGUAAACCAGCUUGAUAAGUUAGGGAAAUCCCCACUCCUGGCUGCCUGUGAGGGAGGUCACACUGAGACUGCAAAGUUGUUGAUUGACAGGGGAGCAGAUGUAAACCAGCUUGAUAAGUUAGGGAAAUCCCCACUCCGGGCUGCCUGUGAGGGAGGUCACACUGAGACUGCAAAGUUGUUGAUUGACAGGGGAGCAGAUGUAAACCAGCUUGAUAAGUUAGGGAAAUCCCCACUCCUGGCUGCCUGUGAGGGAGGUCACACUGAGACCGCAAAGUUGUUAAUUGACAGGGGAGCAGAUGUAAAUGAGUUCGGGAAAUUCCCACUCCUGGCUGCCUGUGAGGGAGGUCACACUGAGAUUGCAAAGUUGUUGAUUGACAGGGGAGCAGACAUAAACAUGUUUAAUGAGUUCGGGAAAUCCCCACUCCUGGCUGCCUGUGAGGGAGGUCACACUGAGACUGCAAAGUUGUUGAUUGACAGGGGAGCAGAUGUGUUCGGGAAAUCCCCACUGCUGGCUGCCUGUGAGGGAGGUCACACUGAGACUGCAAAGUUGUUGAUUGACAGGGGAGCAGAUGUGUUCUGGAAAUCCCCACUCCUGGCUGCCUGUGAGGGAGGUCACACUGAGACCGCAAAGUUGUUGAUUGACAGGGGAGCAGAUGUAAAUGAGUUCGGGAAAUCCCCACUCCUGGCUGCCUGUGAGGGAGGUCACAUUGAGACUGCAACGUUGUUGUUUGACAGGGGAGCAGAUGUGUUCAGGAAAUCCCCACUCCUGGCUGCCUGUGAGGGAGGUCACACUGAGACCGCAAAGUUGUUGAUUGACAGGGGAGCAGAUGUAAAUGAGUAUGAGAAAUCCCAACUCCUGGCUGCCUGUGAGGGAGGUCACACUGAGACCGCACAGUUGUUGAUUGACUUGGGAGCAUAUUUCGGGAAAUUCCCACUCCUGGCUGCCUGUGAGGGAGGUCACACUGAGAUUGCAAAGUUGUUGAUUGACAGGGGAGCAGACAUAAACAUGUUUAAUGAGUUUAGGAAAUCCCCACUCCUGGCUGCCUGUGAGGGAGGUCACACUGAGACUGCAAAGUUGUUAAUUGACAGGGGAGCAGAUGUGUUAGGGAAAUCCCCACUCCUGGCUGCCUGUGAGGGAGGUCACACUGAGACUGCAAAGUUGUUGAUUGACAGGGGAGCAGAUGUGUUCUGGAAAUCCCCACUCCUGGCUGCCUGUGAGGGAGGUCACACUGAGACCGCAAAGUUGUUGAUUGACAGGGGAGCAGAUGUAAAUGAGUUUGGGAAAUCCCCACUCCUGGCUGCCUGUGAGGGAGGUCACACUGAGACCGCAAAGUUGUUGAUUGACAGGGGAGCAGAUGUAAAUGAGUUUGGGAAAUCCCCACUCCUGGCUGCCUGUGAGGGAGGUCACACUGAGACUGCAAAGUUGUUGAUUGACAGGGGAGCAGAUGUAAACCAGCUUGGUAAGUUUGGGAAAUCCCCACUCCUGGCUGCCUGUGAGGGAGGUCACACUGAGAUUGCAAAGUUGUUGAUUGACAGGGGAGCAGACAUAAACAUGUUUAAUGUGUUUGGGAAAUCCCCACUCCUGGCUGCCUGUGAGGGAGGUCACACUGAGACUGCAAAGUUGUUGAUUGACAGGGGAGCAGAUGUAAACCAGCUUGGUAUGUUUGGGGAAUCCCCACUCCUGGCUGCCUGUGAGGGAGGUCACACUGAGAUUGCAAAGUUGUUGAUUGACAGGGGAGCAGACAUAAACAUGUUUAAUGUGUUUGGGAAAUCCCCACUCCUGGCUGCCUGUGAGGGAGGUCACACUGAGACUGCAAAGUUGUUGAUUGACAGGGGAGCAGAUGUAAACCAGCUUGGUAUGUUUGGGAAAUCCCCACUCCUGGCUGCCUGUGAGGGAGGUCACACUGAGAUUGCAAAGUUGUUGAUUGACAGGGGAGCAGACAUAAACAUGUUUAAUGAGUUUGGGAAAUCCCCACUCCUGGCUGCCUGUGAGGGAGGUCACACUGAGACUGCAAAGUUGUUGAUUGACAGGGGAGCAGAUGUAAACCAGCUUGGUAAGUAUGGGAAAUCCCAACUCCUGGCUGCCUGUGAGGGAGGUCACACUGAGACUGCAAAGUUGUUGAUUGACAGGGGAGCAGAUGUAAACCAGCUUGAUAAGUUAGGGAAAUCCCCACUCCGGGCUGCCUGUGAGGGAGGUCACACUGAGACUGCAAAGUUGUUGAUUGACAGGGGAGCAGAUGUAAACCAGCUUGAUAAGUUAGGGAAAUCCCCACUCCUGGCUGCCUGUGAGGGAGGUCACACUGAGACCGCAAAGUUGUUAAUUGACAGGGGAGCAGAUGUAAAUGAGUUUGGGAAAUCCCCACUCCUGGCUGCCUGUGAGGGAGGUCACACUGAGACCGCAAAGUUGUUAAUUGACAGGGGAGCAGAUGUAAAUGAGUAUGGGAAAUCCCAACUCCUGGCUGCCUGUGAGGGAGGUCACACUGAGACCGCACAGUUGUUGAUUGACUUGGGAGCAGAUUUCGGGAAAUUCCCACUCCUGGCUGCCUGUGAGGGAGGUCACACUGAGAUUGCAAAGUUGUUGAUUGACAGGGGAGCAGACAUAAACAUGUUUAAUGAGUUCGAGAAAUCCCCACUCCUGGCUGCCUAUGAGGGAGGUCACACUGAGACCGCAAAGUUGUUGAUUGACAGGGAAGCAGAUGUAAAUGAGUUCCGGAAAUCCCCACUCCUGGCUGCCUGUGAGGGAGGUCACACUGAGACCGCAAAGUUGUUGAUUGACAGGGGAGCAGAUGUAAAUGAGUUCCAAAAAUCCUCACUCCUGGCUGCCUUUGAGGGAGGUCACAUUGAGACUUCAACGUUGUUGUUUGACAGGGGAGCAGAUGUGUUCGGGAAAUUCCCACUCCUGGCUGCCUGUGAGGGAGGUCACACUGAGACUGCAAAGUUGUUGAUUGACAGGGGAGCAGACAUAAACAUUAAUGUGUUCAGGAAAUCCCCACUCCUGGCUGCCUGUGAGGGAGGUCACACUGAGACUGCAAAGUUGUUGAUUGACAGGGGAGCAGACAUAAACAUUAAUGUGUUCAGGAAAUCCCCACUCCUGGCUGCCUGUGAGGGAGGUCACACUGAGACUGCAAAGUUGUUGAUUGACAGGGGAGCAGAUGUGAACCAGCUUGAUGAGUAUGGGAAAUCCCCACUCCUGGCUGCCUGUAAGGGAGGUCACACUGAGACUGCAAAGUUGUUGAUUGACAGGGGAGCAGAUGUGAACCAGCUUGAUGAGGAUGGGAAAUCCCCACUCCUGGCUGCCUGUAAGGGAGGUCACACUGAGACUGCAAAGUUGUUGAUUGACAGGGGAGCAGAUGUGAACCAGCUUGAUGAGCAUGGGAAAUCCCCACUCCUGGCUGCCUGUGUGAAAGGUCACACUGAGACUGCAAAGUUGGUGAUUGACAGGGGAGCAGAUGUAAACAAGUUUAAUAAGUAUGGGAACUCCCCACUCCUGGCUGCCUGUGAGGGAGGUCACACUGAGACUGCAAAGUUGUUCAUUGACAGGGGAGCAGACGUAAACCAGCUUGAUGUGUAUGGGAACUCCCCACUCCUGGCUGCCUGUAAGGGAGGUCACACUGAGACUGCAAAGUUGUUGAUUGACAGGGGAGCAGAUGUAAACCUGCUUGAUGAGGAUGGGAAAUCCCCACUCCUGGCUGCCUGUAAGGGAGGUCACACUGAGACUGCAAAGUUGUUGAUUGACAGGGGAGCAGAUGUGAACCAGCUUGAUGAGGAUGGGAAAUCCCCACUCCUGGCUGCCUGUAAGGGAGGUCACACUGAGACUGCAAAGUUGUUGAUUGACAGGGGAGCAGAUGUGAACCAGCUUGAUGAGGAUGGGAAAUCCCCACUCCUGGCUGCCUGUAAGGGAGGUCACACUGAGACUGCAAAGUUGUUGAUUGACAGGGGAGCAGAUGUGAACCAGCUUGAUGAGGAUGGGAAAUCCCCACUCCUGGCUGCCUGUAAGGGAGGUCACACUGAGACUGCAAAGUUGUUGAUUGACAGGGGAGCAGAUGUGAACCAGCUUGAUGAGUAUGAGAAAUCCCCACUCCUGGCUGCCUGUGAGGGAGGUCACAUUGAGACUGCAAAGUUGUUGAUUGACAGGGGAGCAGAUGUAAACAAGUUUAAUAAGUAUGGGAAAUCCCCACUCCUGGCUGUCUGUGAGGGAGGUCACACUGAGACUGCAAAGUUGUUGAUUGACAGGGGAGCAGAUGUGAACCAGCUUGAUGAGGGUGGGAAAUCCCCACUCCUGGCUGCCUGUGAGGGAGGUCACACUGAGACUGCAAAGUUGUUGAUUGACAGGGGAGCAGAUGUGAACCAGCUUGAUGAGGGUGGGAAAUCCCCACUCCUGGCUGCCUGUGAGGGAGGUCACACUGAGACUGCAAAGUUGUUGAUUGACAGGGGAGCAGAUGUGAACCAGCUUGAUGAGUAUGAGAAAUCCCCACUCCUGGCUGCCUGUGAGGGAGGUCACACUGAGACUGCAAAGUUGGUGAUUGACAGGGGAGCAGACGUAAACCAGCUUGAUGUGUUCGGGAAAUCCCCACUCCUGGCUGCCUGUGAGGGAGGUCACACUGAGACUGCAAAGUUGUUCAUUGACAGGGGAGCAGACGUAAACCAGCUUGAUGUGUUCGAGAAAUUCCCACUCUUGGCUGCCUGUGAGGGAGGUCACACUGAGACUGCAAAGUUGUUGAUUGACAGGGGAGCAGACAUAAACAUGUUUAAUGAGUUCAGGAAAUCCCCACUCCUGGCUGCCUGUGAGGGAGGUCACACUGAGACUGCAAAGUUGUUGAUUGACAGGGGAGCAGAUGUAAACCAGCUUGGUAAGUAUGGGAAAUCCCCACUCCUGGCUGCCUGUAAGGGAGGUCACACUGAGACUGCAAAGUUGUUGAUUGACAGGGGAGCAGAUGUAAACCAGCUUGAUAAGUUAGGGAAAUCCCCACUCCUGGCUGCCAGUAAGGGAGGUCACACUGAGACUGCAAAGUUGUUGAUUGACAGGGGAGCAGAUGUAAACCAGCUUGAUAAGUUCGGGAAAUCCCCACUCCUGGCUGCCUGUGAGGGAGAUCACACUGAGACUGCAAAGUUGUUGAUUGACAGGGGAGCAGAUGUUAAUGAGUUCAGGAAAUCCCCAUUCCUGGCUGCCUGUGAGGGAGGUCACACUGAGACUGCAAAGUUGUUGAUUGACAAGGGAGCAGCCGUAAACCAGCUUUAUGUGUUAAGGAAAUCCCCACUCCUGGCUGCCUUUGAGGGAGGUCACACUGAGACUGCAAAGUUGUUGAUUGACAGGGGAGCAAAUGUAAACCAGCUUGAUAAGUUCGAGAAAUCCCCACUCAUGGCUGCCUGUGAGGGAGGUCACACUGAGACUGCAAAGUUGUUGAUUGACAGGGGAGCAAACGUAAACCAGCUUGAUGAGUUCAGGAAAUCCCCACUCCUGGCUGCCUGUGAGGGAGGUCACACUGAGACUGCAAAGUUGUUGAUUGACAGGGGAGCAGAUGUAAACCAGCUUGAUGUGUUCGGGAAAUUCCCACUCCUGGCUGCCUGUGAGGGAGGUCACACUGAGACUGCAAAGUUGUUGAUUGACAGGGGAGCAGAUGUAAACCAGCUUGAUGAGUUCCCACUCCUGGCUGCCUGUGAGGGAGGUCACACUGAGACUGCAAAGUUGUUGAUUGACAGGGGAGCAGACGUAAACCAGCUUGAUGUGUUCAGGAAAUUCCCACUCCUGGCUGCCUGUGAGGGAGGUCACACUGAGACUGCAAAGUUGUUGAUUGACAGGGGAGCAGAUGUAAAUCAGCUUGGUCAGUUCAGGAAAUCCCCACUCCUGGCUGCUUGUGAGGGGGGUCACACUGAGACUGCAAAGUUGUUGAUUGACAGGGGAGCAGAUGUAAACCAGCUUGAUGUGUUCCCACUCCUGGCUGCCUGUGAGGGAGGUCACACUGAGACUGCAAAGUUGUUGAUUGACAGGGGAGCAGAUGUAAACCAGCUUGGUGAGUAUGGGAAAUCCCCACUCCUGGCUGCCUGUAAGGGAGGUCACACUGAGACUGCAAAGUUGUUGAUUGACAGGGGAGCAGACGUACACCAGCUUGAUGUGUUUGAGAAAUCCCCACUCCUGGCUGCCUGUGAGGGAGGUCACACUGAGACUGCAAAGUUGUUCAUUGACAGGGGACCAGACGUAAACCAGCUUGAUAUGUUCAGGAAAUUCCCACUCCUGGCUGCCUGUGAGGGAGGUCACACUGAGACUGCAAAGUUGUUGAUUGACAGGGGAGCAGAUGUAAACCAGCUUGGUGAGUAUGGGAAAUGCCCACUCCUGGCUGCCUGUGAGGGAGGUCACACUGAGACUGCAAAGUUGUUGAUUGACAGGGGAGCAGAUGUGAACCAGCUUGAUGUGAUCAGGAAAUCCCCACUCCUGGCUGCCUGUGAGGGAGGUCACACUGAGACUGCAAAGUUGUUGAUUGACAGGGGAGCAGAUGUAAACCAGCUUGGUGAGUAUGGGAAAUCCCCACUCCUGGCUGCCUGUGAGGGAGGUCACACUGAGACUGCAAAGUUGUUGAUUGACAGGGGAGCAGCAGAUGUGAACCAGCUUGAUGAGGAUUACACACAUGCUGACCAGAAACCUUCUGAAGAGUUGUUUUCCUACAAACAAUACGAGAGGUCUUCCUCACUUGCUGGUUCGGUGGGGACUGGUUCACUUGCUGGUUCGGUGGGGUCACCUCACAGUCGGGGAAGCAGCUGCGGUAGUAGGAGGAGCUAUGCAGAAUAAACAAUGCUAUGAGUAGUCUAUAGCAGUCAAUGUUCAAUUUGGUUUUGUUAUAUUCUUAUAUUCAA